UCUGAUAUUGGGAAAUGGCUCAGUGCUAUUGGGCUGCCGCAGUACCAGAAAAAACUAGCUGAGAAUGGAUAUGACUCCAUAAGCAUAGUGCAGGAUAUCACAUGGGAAGAUCUGCAGGAAAUUGGCAUCACUAAGCUGGGUCACCAGAAAAAGCUGAUGCUGGCAGUUAAGCGGCUCAGUGAUGUACAGAAGGCCCGUAAGACCCAGGCCGAGGGUCAGGCAUUGCUCCAGCACAGAAAAGCUCCUCCUGCCCUUGAGCUUGUGGCCAUUGAGCAUCACGACACCUCUGACUGCCCCUCAUCACCCUUGUCACCAAAGAUGCUCACCUUUCAGGACAGUGAGCUAAGCAUGGAGCUGCAAAACGCCAUGGCACGCAGCGGAUACUCUGGAGGACAAGACGGUCUCAGCAUGAGCGGAAUAGCCAUGCGUCUUAGUCAAGAAAGCAUUGGGAUACGAUCAGGAGGGUCAGGACGCUCGCAAGAACGCCCGAUGGCAUCAGUGACCCCUCACAGCCGGUCACAAGAGAGCUUGGGUAGUUCAGACAGCAGUCCCAGCAAGGAACAAUAUGCCAUAAGGGAAUCUCAGGAUAAAAGCCAAAUAUCACCUGUCAGAAUGGCGCCAGUUUUGCCACUACAACCUCAUCCAAACUCUUCCAGCAGCAGUCCGUCAAGAACCCCACCCAUAUUGACAGGUAAAACAACACGUUUCGCAUAUCCGCCAAUUCACACCCAAUCCAGACCAGUGGUUUCUCCAUCUCGACCCAAUCAAGGAUCACCUCUCCAGAGGGGCUUUAGCUACCUGCAGCAUCAAAACUGUGAUGCUAACAAGCAAAAAAACACAGGUCCAGUCAGAGCCGCGCAGCCAAACCAAGACACAUCAUGCUCCACUAAAAAGCGAACUCAGAGUCUUUCUCGCUACGCCAUGUCAGAUGGAGAGAAUGAAGACGAUGAUGUCUCAGCUCCUACCAUGACGUCUGCCAAUGUGGCUUCUUACGCCACACUCACUCGCAAACCCGGCCGCAGUCAACCAUCUUUCGCCUCCAGUGAUCGCCAUGUAGGCCGCAGUCAUUCCUUUGCCAUCCGUGCCAAGAGGAAAGGUCCACCGCCUCCCCCUCCAAAGCGGCUAAGCUCUGCCCAAAGUGGAGUAACUUCAUGUGGGGUUGAAACAGAGAGUGCUGGAAGUGUCCGAAGCAUUGCAGCUCGACUAGAGAGCAGUACAGGAAGCCCCAGCAAGACAUGCAACAGCCCUGUUUUUAAAGCCAUGUCUCCAGCUACUCCUCCAAAAAAUACAGAGAACCGUAGGAGGACCACUAGCGACUGCUCCACAUAUGAAACGAAGCAUGCAGAUCAAAACGUUAGUCCUUUGAGGCACCAACAAGUUUCUGGUUCUUCGCAGGAGAGCAUACCUUUUGCAGAGGAGGGCAAAGUUACUAUUAAGCAACGGACCAAAUUAGCAUCCGCUAAGAGCGAGGCCGAGGCUGCUGUUGAUAUUCUGAAGCCGGCACAAUCGAUCAAAUCAUCCCUAGAGGUGCUUGAGUUUAACUUAAAGGAAUCAGAUACGGUCAAAAGGAGACAUAAGCCAAAAGAGUUGCAGAUGAAAGGUCAGGGCAUCAGCGCACAAAUAGGAAAUGAGAGGGCCACAGAGACUGAGAUGGUCUUGCAGUGCAUGCAGAAUGGCGGAUUGAGGAAAAAUCCUCUUAAAUCUGGCCUCGCUCCCAAACCGGGCUCUCCGCAUAAACCUCCAACCCCUUCUAAGCCCAUACGCCAUUCCGCUGCAGCCACCUCAGGAGUGUCAAUGAGUGUUGUCCAGAGCGUGGCGUUUGCUGUUUCUCCUCCAUGCAGUCCUCUGGCUUGCUGUCCCCCAAAUGCAACACCUCAAGGUCAGUCAGCGCUGACAGCUGAAGGCCAGAAUGUGCUAGUUCACAAACGGCUUGAGCAAACCAGCACAUCUCUACAAGCAGCGCUUCAAGUUGUGGAAAGGAAACUGGCUCAGGACGACCCAGCAAGCAGGGGCAUUAACACAGUGAAGUCAGCGGGGAAUAUUCUUGAUGAUAUAGGGAACAUGUUCGAUGAUCUCGCUGACCAGCUGGAUGCCAUGUUGGAUUGACCUCCUGUAAUUCCUCAAAGCAUUGCGCGGGGCCUUCACAUGGAAACUUCUAGAUGCUUUAAACACUCACUCUUCAUAUUCUGUUUACAUCAUUCUUCAGAAAUGAAUCAGACGAAUCAAUUACCUGCAAUGAAUAUUGAUGCCUCAGAACUCCUGUGGAUGUUCACAAAACUUUUACUUCUUACCACACUGUUUCUGCGUCUUUAUCUUGCUCUUGACAGAAAGGAUUGCAGAAUGUAAGCACUUACUUUUCAGAUCUUCUGGAAUUUCCUGUUGUGCUCAGAUCAAGCCUCGCAGUUGGCCUCCAGCAGAUGGAUAUACGGUGUGAAAUCGGUGUGCUCUGAGAUUCACCGUUCCUCACUUUUGUUUUCCGCGUCCUUAAUUCUCUGUUCAAGCUAAGCAAUAACACAGCUGAUCAAAAACAACAAAAAACUGUUCAUUAUUUGUGGAAUGACCCAAAACCUCAUGGACCAAGUACGUUUGACUGAACUCUACAUUCAUCGACUGAAAAGGUCCAUGUCCUGCCAACAGAUUCAGUGCUGUACAGUAUUGUUGCACUGUAUAUUUUGCAUUUCAAAGGUUGCAUAAUUCAACAAGAGCUUAACGUGUCAAGAAAAGUAUUAUUUUUCUUGACAUAUUAAUAGAGGAAUAGUAUAUUUUGAUGAGCGGUCUGUUUUGGAAAAGAAAUAACAUUGUAUGGAUUACAUCUAUUAUAUAUUUUUGUAUCAAAAUGAUAACUUAUUUGAUUUGGUUCAGGUUAAAAAGGGACAAUCGCUCUUUGUGAAUGCUGUCGUUCUAGAUGAAACCAGGCAAA